CAUCUGUAUGUAGGUCAUUCUAUUAAUUUAUAUAAUAGAAUAAGUUCUUAUUUUAUGCCAUCUAUACUUAAGACUAAAGCACGUAGAGUCUUACGUUAUUUAAAUAAACAUGGUUUUAGUAAUAUGAAGUUAACUAUUUAUAUUAUGGAUGAGAAUUCUAGUUUAGAACAAGUAGUAGAAUUAGAACAACAUUUUAUUGAUAGUUUAAAACCAAACCUUAAUGUAGAUUUAGUAGCUAGUAGUUAUGGAUAUCAUGAACCGAUGAGUCUAGAAAUACGAGAAAGAUUACGUAAACAAAGAGGUGUUCCAGUAUAUAUCUAUAAUGCUGAUGACUUUACAUUAUUAUAUGUUUUUGAGUCAAAACAACAUAUGUAUGAUUCAAUAAAUAUUCAUCAUAAUAGUUUAAACGAUUGUUUAAAUUUAGGAACCUUAUAUCUAGACACUUUCUUUUUUUCUUUAGAUUUAAUUGAGGAAUCUACUAAAACUAAUAUACUCACUUUAGAUGAGAUUAAAAGUUUAGUUAGCGAUAAACGAGAUAAAUAUCUCGUUAAACAUCCUGCAGCUAAAUCUAUUUUAGCUGAGUUUAAAGACGAUUCAAGUAAAAAUCUAGUAUUUCAUUCAUUGAAUAGUUUAGCUAACCACCUAAAAGGUGACCGUCAAGUUAUUAGAGAAUACCUAAAAGGAAACAAAUUAGGUUAUUAUCGAGGUAAAUGA